AUGAAAAAGAAAAAAAAUAGCCGUUCACAUAAAAGCACUAGCUAUACUUUUAAUGUUUUAAUACGGGUUUUCGCACCUGUAUUGUUAAAUUUGUGAAUACGGUCAGAUAAAAGUGGAUGUGGUGUUGUACCAAUGGAGUAGUGGGCGGUGAAAGCGGUUGAUUGAUGAUUAGAUUCACGGUGUGGAUCGCGGCGGAGAGAGAGGAUGACUCACACCGUCUGAUGUGAUGUUCACCCCGCAACAGCUCGGCCAGUGCGGUGGCACGCCGGUAGUUAGCUAAACCUGACACAACGGUGUGCUCCUCCAAUAAAAGUGAAACUUUAUCGAACUAUCCAGAUUCGUUUGGGUGGUCCUAAGGUACAUUGUGUGGUUCAAACUUGAGUGGUUGUCACUUACUAGUUAGAUAGAGAGACCGAGCGUCGUGAUUUUCCGUAAAUAUCGUGACGCCUGAUUGCCAUGGAAACAGUGCUCUAGCGCUGAGAGGUAACUGUCCAUGUUAACUUCAGCAUCAACCACUCCAACGGGGUCGGGUAACUAAACCUGUUGGAUAUCUCAGUGUUUUUUUUUGCUUUUCUUGUGUUGCUACUCUGGCUUUACUUUCCAUUUUAAAUUGGCCACAAUACAGGCCUCUAUUUCACAGGUGAGGAGGAUGGAGCUUCAAACGGAGAAGAGGUUCCACAACUUGACCCUCAAGCAAAUCCAGGCUCUGGACAAGGUCUUGACUGAGGUGAUCCCCAUCCACGGGCGAGGGAAUUUCCCCACACUGCAGGUGAGAGCUAAAGACAUCAUACGUGUGGUGAAGGAUCGGCUGGUCGAAAGAGACAUCCAGGUGAAAGAUAUACGGCUGAAUGGCGCGACGGCCAGCCACGUGCUGGUGAGGGAUAACUGCCUGGGCUAUAGAGACUUAGACAUCAUUUUUGGAGUGGAGCUGCCCAGGCAGGAGGACCUCCAGGUCAUAAAGGACGUGGUGCUGGGCAGCCUACGAGACCUCCUUCCUUGUGGAGUUAACAGACGGAAGAUCACCUGCCUGACAAUGAAGGAGGCCUACGUGCAAAAGAUGGUGAAAGUUUUCAAUGAGCACGACAGAUGGAGCCUGAUCUCGCUUUCUAACAACAGAGCUAAAACCGUGGGCCUCAGAUUUGUCAGCUCCCUUCGAAGGCAGUUUGAGUUCAGUGUGGACUCCUUCCAGAUAGUAUUAGACCGUAUGCUGGAGUCUUAUUGGGAGGCUGAAAGGAAACAAGGAGGAAAGCUGGCCUUGAAUGCUGGGAGUUUGUCUAAAAGAGACAAUGAGGAUGAAAAAAAAGAGCAAAAUAAAUCGAGCAUUCCUCGGGAUGUUGAAGCGGAUAUUGAAAGGGACUCCAGCAGAGAAAGUCCAUGCCAGGAUGAAGCUGUUUCUGUGCUUGAGAAAGAGCUUCCACUUGCAAAGGUUGAGCAUGCGGAUGGAAAGCAAGAAGCACAGGAGCUGUUAAAACCUGAGAGCUAUAACUUACAACAGGUGGGAGUGGAUGGCACAGAGGAUGUCCAUUCAGAGGAGGACAUUGUGUUUGAGAUAUGUGGAAAAAAUGGAGAAGAAAAAGGACAGUUUCACAGUGAUUAUCCUCUAGUUUCAUCCCCUAAAGCUUUAUUAACAGAUGUCAGGGAUCCAUUGCUGACACAUGCAUGUUUAAAGCCACAGAUUAAUGAAGAGCUGUCUGAGUCACAAGCUUCCCAACCAGCAGACAAGUCAGCUGAACAGGAAAAAGUCCAUUGUGCAGAAAUGACUCAGUUCAAAGCUGACUCUGUAAUCUGCAGGACUGACAAUACCUCAAGUCCAAAAGAUUCACAUCUUGAAUGUUCCUUUCCUCCUCCGGCUAAGAAAACGUGCAGCACAUCACAGGAAAUUGUACCAAAAUAUUGCCCUUCACCAAAAUUACAAAGGAAAAUGUCAAGGAAGAUGAUCAGUAUGCCGGAGAAAUGGUCUUUACUGACUGAUUUGUCAGAUCUUACAACACAGCUGUUCCCACCUAUAGAAAUACCCAAACCACAUCAGCCAAAGCCUCCUUUACUGGACAGCGAUCAAGUUCAUGGCUCAAAUGUUCCCGCCUUUAAGCCAGAACCCCUAGACACCCUCACAGCUCCCAUGUCCAGUCCAGCCAGUUCACUUCAGGAUGGGACUGGCUUGAAUGAAACUGUGGAACAAACUGUUAAGCCAAAACACUCGAAGAAGCCUCCUGAUUCAGAGACUCAAAGCCACACACGUGCAGCACAUGUACAGCCUCAGAUUAAUGUGCAAACACCCGAGCUGGCCGACACUGUCCCCAACGGGUGCGGGGCGAGCUCAUGGGCCGGGGCAGCAGGGGAGCCCACAAUCACUGUUGAAGCAGAGUGCAUGUACGGCGACUUUGAGCAGGCGAUGGACCACCUCCGCCACCGCCUCAUCGCCACCCACAACCCAGAGGAGAUCCGAGGAGGGGGCCUGCUCAAAUACAGCGACCUGCUGGUGAGGAACUUCCGACCAGCCAGCGAGACAGAGAUCAAGUCCUUGGAGCGCUACAUGUGCUCACGCUUCUUCAUUGACUUUCCUGAUGUGAGAGAGCAGCAGCGGAAGAUCAAGGCCUACUUGCAGUGCCAUUUCAUUGGCAAUGAGGAGACAAGCAAGUACGACUACCUGAUGACCCUGCGGCGUGUGAUAGACGAGAGCACGGUGUGUUUGAUGGGACACGAGAGGAGACAGACGCUCAACAUGAUCACAGUCCUGGCUCUGAGGGUGCUGGGCGAGCAAAACGCCAUCCCCAACACGGCCAACGUCACCUGUUUCUAUCAGCCGGCUCCAUACAUGACAGAGCCGAUUUACAGCAGCUACUUCAUCACCCAGGCCCAGCCCCCACUUGUCUACCACCCCUACCCGCUGCAUGUCCACAUGCAGACUGGCCUGGUGUAGCUACAGGGACAUGCACACAGGGAGGCAUGUAGGCUGCUUUCAGCAUGCUGCUCUGCAAGCAGAGGCACAAACGGAAGUUUUGACAACAGCAGGCAACCACGGGCGCAGUGUUGUUUGAUGCUUUGAAACCCCUCCUGCUUAUGACACGAAAGAUCAUGAGAGGCCAGAACUGAAAGGGGUCUGGAGGGAAAGCAUGUCACCCUUUCAAGAUGAACACAUUUGAAAAGGAAAGAAACGCUAAGAGCUUACUUUUCAGAGAGCUCGUAGAGAGGAUUUAAUAGACGUAGAGGGACUGUGUUUACGGCUGCUUCAGCUCAGCUUUGGCAGGGCUCUAUAUACCGAUCACCGUCCCGUGUCAAGAAGAAUUUAGUAAAGUGACAAUUCUCUAAGACACACAUACCAACAAAUAAAAACAUACUGCCUGUUGGCAGCAUGAGUCUUGAUUUGGUUAAAGUUUGAAUAAUGGUAAUUCCUUAUUGUUUCUGAAGGGUUAAAACCCCCAAAUAUCUGUUUUGUGACUCAUCAGUCUCCGUGGAGUACCUUUCCAUAUGUGACCAAUAGGCUACCUGUAUUCACUGUGUAGAAAUGGGACACCCUUUAGUGAGGGCAUACAUUAGACUACAUUUGCUGUGGUGUGUCCUUAAUAUUGUAAGUUUUAUAUUUGUGAAUGUAACCCCCUCCCCCUAAUGUCAAAGGUGGAAACAAGAUCAUGGUUUGGUUUCAUUAGGGGCUGUACAAAAGUGAUUGGGGGGGAAUCCUCACAGUUGGAUCUUAGGGUUGUUGAGAAAAUUUGAUUCUACAAAUUCUUAUCAGAAAUACAGAAAUCACUGACAAACUGUUUGAACUUGGGCCGGAAAUUUUUUUUUUCUUGUUGGACCCCCUCUCUUUCAUAUUUAAGUAAAAUGCUUUGUUAGCCUUACAUGUUUUCUUUGAAUAUUAAAAGCUUAUUUAUGCAGCUACACUGCAAAGAAAAGCUAAAAGAUGUACAUUUUGAAUGAAAAAAAAAGUUCUCCCUAAAACAUCAGACCCCCCCUGACUUCAGUCAAACUGAAAAGAUCCUCUCCCCCUCUAAUCAUUUUCCCACAGCCCCUUGGAAUAUUAAACCAAACUGGUGUUAGUGAGUGUCUAGUUGUGGUUAUUCAUUGAAAUAUUUUAACUAGCAGUAUUAAACCAGUAGUUGUGGCCAUAUCUCUGAAUAGGUAUUCACCCUGAAUUUUAUCAAACCAACUCGCCUAUUCCAUGUCGGAGAAACAUGACAAGGCUUUAGCUCAUGGGGAUAUUAUGAAGAAAGCCUCGGCUGUCCUGUUUUUUUCUGCUGAAAAUGGAAAGGGCAAGUUUAAUUUAGUUUCCCCCACAUUUCCAACAGGUUGAAUAGACUUCCAGUGUGUAAUACAUGGUGACACUUGUUUGUUGUAAUGGACGUAGUGAAUGUUCUUUCAGGGUUUUGCCUGCCAUUGUGAGCAAAAAUGUUCCUGCACAUUUCAAUUAUUCAAGCAGUCUGCGAUGCAGCCGGCAGUUAUAGCACUCUGUCUCUGUGUAUUUGUUCAUUGUGUAUGCAGCUACAGUACAUGUUCUCAGUAUUUAAAAAAAACAACUUAAGCACAGUUGAGGCUAUGUGGGCCAAUCACACUAAGUUUGAGACUGAAGCACAAUGUAAAUGCACAUAGCUGUUGUUGAGUUAUGAAAGUGUUUCUGACAUGCUCGUGAAUCGCCAACUAAAUAUGGAAGAUGUCUGAUAUACUGUGUGCUGUAGUGCCCUAUGUAGCUUUGAAGUGAUGUAUCUAUCUUGAGACUUUGGGUAGAAUGUUGUGUAUUGUUAUGGAACUGUUCCACCAAUAGUGAAAUAAAAAUAUUCAUGUUAUAUCUAGUUGCUUGGAUUGUUGUGUUAUUGUGCUAAUAAAUAUAACACAACCA